UGAGGCACCAAUAACAUGGGCUAAAUUACCAGCACCUAUUUGCUGCGUCCCCUGCCAGAGCCUGAACUCCCCUGUUUAUGGCCCUGACCUAACAUCCCAUUCUCCCCCAGCCAUGAUCUCAAAUCCGGCACUUUGAAAACCCUCAUCCCGCUUUUCUCACGAGACUGUGAGGCUUCACCCGUGGAUUGGAUGGGGACGACAAAGAGGAACAUCUUUUCCUGAGUGGGAUUUAACAUCAACUGGGUGAAACCGUCCAAAUAAGAUUACACAAGCAAAAUCAAAGGACAUUCAGCUGAAGUACCACCAUGGCUCAGGCAACUAAAGGUCCCACAGUGAAGCCCAUCCCUCCCACUGCUGUAGAUGCCCCGGCUAGGGCAGCGCACCCAGACUCACUUACAGCCCGGAGCCAUGGAAUUUUACGAAUCAUGAAUCGCCCGGCACAAUGGGUGGUCAUCAUCACACUUCUGAUCUCUUGGUCAGUAGCAGGUGUUGUCAUGUUUGACUUUGUCAGCGAUGAUCAGAUUGCAAGCAUCCAGGAUUUCGGCUCUGAUCCAGUGUUAGCAGUGAGCAAUGCCAUCGAAGGCAUUGAAAACAGGAUAAACCAUAUGAAUGAUAGGUUUAAUGAUGCUCGAGAGUACGUCACUGAAAUAAUAUUUAAUCCCAUGGAAACUAUUAGUUCAGCUGCUGACUCAUCUGUGUCUUAUCUGUCAGGAAUAUUCAGUGCCGAUGGAGAUUCAGGAAUCACUGAAACAGUGAAAUAUGGGGGCACUGCAUUGGAUGAGGCUACAGAAUGGCUCAGAUCCCCAGUGAGCUACGUAUUCCACUUAUUUGAAGACAUUCUGAAUAUAGUGGUUGCUCCAGUGGAUGUGGUCAGUGAAGCUCUUGUGCAAAUUUUAAGUGGGAUCAAGACUGUUAUACAGUAUAUUUCCACCAUGUUUGGGGGCAUUGAAGGGGACACUGGCAUCACUGAAACAGUGAAACUUGGUGGCACUGUAUUGGAUGAGGUUACUGACUGGAUUAGAUUCCCAGUGGCCUACUUAUUCCACUUAUUCGAAGACAUCCUGGAUGUAGCAAUCAUUUAUCCAGCAGACAUUGCCAGUGAAGCAGCUCUGCAAAUUUUAAGUGGAAUCAAGACCAUUUCUUCAACCAUAUUCGGGAACCUUGAAGCUUGGUUUCCCAAAAUGAGCACUGAUCCUGCGGAGCUGGCUGAAAUAGUUGUAGAGGAGGCCGCAGAAGUAAAGACCACCGUUUCUAAUUACGUAUCCAGUCUGUUUGCAGCGGAUGAAGGUGGUAUUCCUGACAUUAGCUUUGAUCCCAUGAAAGUUGUCACAGACACUGUUGAGGAGUUUGCUGACAGGAGGGAUAUGUUCUUGGCCUAUCUCUCAAACAUGCUCAUGGAAGACAAAGAUGACACACCGCAAGUGAUAAGACGAAAAGGAGAGUUUCUGCCCCCUAUGGAAAAAGUUCUUGAACAAGUGAAAGAAGCCAAAGAGAAAAAAGCUAGAGAGGAGAUAUACAAAAUCAUUCAAGAUAUGAGGGAGAAGAAGGCUGAUGGUGAAGAGGAAGAGAUAACAUUGCAACGGAUAAACAUAACAGUAGAAAAAGUCAAGAAAAAAAAAGAACAUGAGAAAAAGGAGAUAGAAAAGGCUAAAAGUAAAGAAAAAUCCAAAGAGGACAAGACUCGAAAACCAACAAAAAAGGACACCAAGAAAAAACCUGACAAAAAGGUCAAGGUGACUAAAGUGGAUGAGGAACCUCUUCUAAAAAAGAAGAAAUCUGGACCCGAGAAAAAGGUUAAACCAGCAAAGAAAGAUGCUGAGAUGGCCAAGGACAAAAUCAAAGCAGUACCUGUAAAGAAAGCUGAAGUGGCCAAAAAAGAGACCAAACCAACACCAUCUAAGAAAGGUAUUGUGUUAGCUGAAGUUACAAAAGAAAAGGCCAAACCAGCUCGUUCUAAGAAAGAUAAAGCUGAAGCUAUCAAAGAAAAGGCAAAACCAGCUCCAAAAGAAAAAAGUGCUGAGGUUGUCAAGGAAAAAGCUAAGCCAGUAAAGAAAGCUGAAGCUCCCAAGGAAAGAGCUAAACCUUUGAAGAAAGCUGAAGCCAAGGAUAAACCACCAGCACCUGUUAAAAAGGAAGCUGAAGUUGCUGUCGAAAAAGCAAAAGUUGCUCCUGUAAAGAAGGAGCCUGAGGUUCCCAAAGAGAAGGCCAAACCAGAGCCCUCAAAGAAAGCCGAAGCCCGGAAAGAUAAAGCUGUUCCAGUAAAGAAAGAGGCUAAAGCUCCCAAGGACAAAAUUAAACCGGCCCUUUUGAAGAAAGAGCCUGGUGUUUCUAAAGAGAAAGAAAAACCACCAACCACCAAGAAAGAAGGGAAGCCAACAACCGCUCCUGUUAAAAAAGAGCCUGCAGUUGCAGAAGAAAAAGUCAAACCAGAACCUUCAAAGAAAGAUACUGAAGCUACUAAGGAGAAAGUGAAACCAGCCCCAGUUAAAAAAGAGCCUGAGGUUUCCAAAGAAAAGGCCAAGCCAGAACCUUCCAAGAAAGAAGCUGAAGCUGUUGAAAAGAAGGCAAAACCAGCACCAGCUAAAAAAGAGCCUGAAAUUCUUAAAGAGAAGAAGAAACCUCCAAAGAAAGAAGCUGUGAAAGAAAAGCCCAAACCUGCUUCUGUAAAGAAAGAACUUGAAGUUCCAAAAGAAAAAGCAAAACCUGAACCUACCAAAAAAGAGGCAGAGGUUGCCAAGGACAAACUUAAAACUGUCACUGUGAAGAAAGAACCUGCUGUUGCAGUUGAAAAGGCAAAACCUAAACCUGCACCAAAGAAAGAACCUGAAGUUACCAAAGAGAAAGCUAAACCAGAACCUGCAAAGAAAGAACCUGAAAUAACCAAAGAAAAACCCAGGGCACCAAAGAAAGAGGCUAAAGUCCUCAAGGAGGAAGCUAAACCAGCUCCUGUAAAGAAAGAGGCUGAAGUCAUCAAAGAUGUUAAACCAGCCUCUGAGAAGAGAGAGGUCAUCAAGGAGAAAGUUAAACCAGCUCCUGUAAAGAAAGAGCCUGAAGUUGCUAAAGAAAAGACACCUGAACCAAAACCUAAAAAAGAGCCUGAAGUUAUCAAAGAGAAACCAGCACCUCCAAAUAAAGCUGAGGUUCCAAAGGAAAAGGCAAAACCAGUCCCAGAAAAGAAAGCACCUGAAAUAAUCAAAGAAAAACCAAAGCCAGCUCCAAAGAAAGAAGCUGACGUCAUCAAAGAGAAAGUAAAACCAGCCCCUGAGAAGAAAGAGGCUGAAGUCAUUAAGGAGAAAGUAGCUCCUGUAAAGAAAGAGCCUGAAGUUGCAAAAGAAAAGGCACCUGAACCAAAACCGAAACCCACAGAGAAAGUUGAGGUGCCAAAAGAAAAGGAAAAACCAGUCCGUGAAAAGAAAGCAGAACUUGAAAUAACCAAAGAAAAACCCAAGCCUGUGCCAAAGAAGGAGGCUGAAGUCAUCAAAGAGAAAGAGCCUGAAGUCAUUAAGGAAAAAGUUAAACCAGCUCUUGAGAAAAAAGAGGCUGAAGUCAAGGAGAAAGCAAAACCAGCUCCUAUAAAGAAAGAGGCUGAAGUCAUCAAGGAGAAAGCUAAACCAGCCCCUGAGAAGAAAAAGGCUGACAUUAUCAAAGAGAAAGCUAAACCAGCCCCUGAGAAGAAAGAGGCUGUAGUCGUUAAGGAGAAAGCUAAACCAGCCCCUGAGAAGAAAGAGGCUGAAGUCAUCAAGGAGAAAGUUCAGCCAGCUCCUGUAAAGAAAGAGCCUGAAGUUACUAAAGAGAAAGCUAAACCGACCCCUGGGAAGAAAGAGGCUGAAGUCAUCAAGGAGAAAAUUAAACCAGCCUCUGUAAAGAAAGAACUUGAGAUAAUUAAAGAAAAACCCAAGCCAGCACCAAAGAAAGAGGCUGAAGUCAUCAAAGAGAAAGCUAAACCAGCCCCUGAAAAGAAAGAGGCUGAAGUCAAGGAGAAAGCUAAACCAGCUCCUGUAAAGAAAGAGCCUGAAGUUGCUAAAGAAAAGGCUCCUGAACCAAAACCCAAAAAAGAAGCUGAUGUCGUCAAGGAAAAAGCUAAACCAGCCCCUGAGAAGAAAGAGGCUGAAGUCAUCAAGGAGAAAGCUAAACCAGCUCCUGUAAAGAAAGAGGCUGAAGUCAUCAAAGAGAUAGCUAAAUCUGUCCCUAAGAUGAAAGAGCCAGAGGUUCCUAAAGAAAAGGCACUUGAACCAACACCAGAACCUGCAAAGAGAGUUGAAUCUCCAAAGGAAAGGGCGAAACUAGUCCCUAAAGAAAAAGAGCCUGAAGUCAAGGAAAAGGCUAAACCAGCCCCUGAGAAGAAAGAGGCUGAAGUCAUCAAGGAGAAAGUUAAACCAGCUCCUGUAAAGAAAGAGCCUGAAGUUCCUAAAGAAAAAGCUCCUGAACCAAAACCCAAAAGAGUACCUGAAGUCAUCAAAGAGAAAGUAAAACCAGCCCCUGCAAAGAAAGAGGCUGAGGUCAAGGAGAAAGCUAAACCAGCCCCUGAGAAGAAAGAGUCUGAAAUCAUCAAGGAGAAAGUUAAACCAGCUCCUGUAAAGAAAGAGCCUGAAGUUCCUAAAGAAAAGGCUCCUGAACCAAAACCCAAAAAAGAAGCAGAAGUCAUCAAAGAGAAAGUAAAACCAGCCCUUGAGAAGAAAGAGGCUGAAGUCAUCAAGGAAAAAGUGAAACCAGCUCUUGUAAAGAAAGAGCCUGAAGUUCCUAAAGAGAAGGCACCUGAACCAAAACCCAAAAGAGAAGCCAUCAAAGAAAAACCUAAACCAGCCCCUGAAAAGAAAGAGGCUGAAGUCAUCAAGGAGAAAGUUAAACCGGCUCCUGAAAAGAAAGAAGCCAUCAAAGAAAAACCUAAACCAGCCCCUGAAAAGAAAGAGGCUGAAGUCAUCAAGGAGAAAGUUAAACCGGCUCCUGAAAAGAAAGAAGCCAUCAAAGAAAAACCUAAACCAGCCCCUGAAAAGAAAGAGGCUGAAGUCAUCAAGGAGAAAGUUAAACCGGCUCCUGAAAAGAAAGAAGCCAUCAAAGAAAAACCUAAACCAGCCCCUGAAAAGAAAGAGGCUGAAGUCAUCAAGGAGAAAGUUAAACCGGCUCCUGAAAAGAAAGAAGCCAUCAAAGAAAAACCUAAACCAGCCCCUGAAAAGAAAGAGGCUGAAGUCAUCAAGGAGAAAGUUAAACCGGCUCCUGAAAAGAAAGAAGCCAUCAAAGAAAAACCUAAACCAGCCCCUGAAAAGAAAGAGGCUGAAGUCAUCAAGGAGAAAGUUAAACCGGCUCCUGAAAAGAAAGCACCUGAGAUAACCAAAGAAAAGCCAAAGCCAGCACCAAAGAAAGAGGCUGAAGCCAUCAAAGAGAAAGCUAAACCAGCUCCUGAGAAGAAAGAAGCUGAAGUCAUCAAAAAGAAAGUUAAACCAACUCCUGUAAAGAAAGCACCUGAGAUAAUCAAAGAAAAGCCGAAGCCAGCACCAAAGAAAGAGGCUGAAGUCAUCAAAGAGAAACCUAAACCAGCUCCUGAGAAGAAAGAGGCUGAAGUCAUCAAGGAGAAAGUUAAGCCAGCCCCUGUAAAGAAAGAGCCUGAAGUUCAUAAAGAAAAGGCACCUGAACAAGUGCCAGAACCUACAAAGAAGGUUGAGGUUCCAAAGGAAAAGGCAAAACCAGUUCUUAAAGAAAAGGAACCUAAAAUAACCAAAGAAAAGCCAAAGCCAACACCAAAGAAAGAAGCUGUAGUCAUCAAAGAAGAAGCUAAAGCAGCCCCCGUGAAGGAAGAGGCUGAAAUUGUCAAAGAGAAAGCUAAACCAACCCCUGUGAAGAAAGAGGCUGAAGUCAUCAAGGAGAAAGCUAAACCAGCUCCUGAGAAGAAAGUGGCUGAAGUCUUCAAGGAGAAAGUUAAGCAAGCACAUGUAAAGAAAGAGCCUGAAGUCUCAAAAGAAAAAUUAUUAGAACCAACACCUAAAAAAGAUGAUGUUGGUCUUAUUGGUUUGGACUUGGAGCUCCUGAACUCUAUCAACCAAAAACUGUCUCUUCUGGACUUGCUGAGGAAGGACAUUGGUGAAAUGAAGAGUGAUCUGGAGUCCACUCAAAAUCAAAUCACACUUUUACGGACGGACAACAGAACAAUAAAAGAGCCAGAGGCUGUUGGUGUAAAGCUAAAACCAGCGGUCUCCAAGGAAAAGCUGAAAACAGCAAAAAAAGACCAUGAUGCUCUGAUGAACGUUACUAAGACAGCACAUAUUAAAGCAGAACGUGAUGCACUGAAAAACAUCACUAAACCAGCACCUGCAAAGAAAGAUAAAGAGGCUCCAAAAGCUAAGAUCAGACCAGAGCCCAAAAAGAAAGAUAUCACCCGUGAGAAGGUCAAAGAAAAGCAACCUUUAAAGAAAGAACCUGAGCAGGUCAAAGAAAGAAUAGUCAAGCCAACUGAGAAGGAACCUGUUGUGGACAAGGAAGUAAAAAGAGAAGAACCUGAUGUCACCAAAGAUAUUCCAGAGAUAGAGGAGGAGGACGUUCCCUACUUCCAGUGUUUCUUUGUGGAUGAGGAUGAUACUCAGUAUCCGUUCUUCCCCUUUUCACCACCGCUGUGGUGAGUCCAGACAAACCUCGCAGUCUGAUGUUAAACAACGUGGCAAAGCCAAUGAAGACGGACCUGUGAACGCUGAGGAACCUGCUGCUCUGAUGCAGGGAGAGCUUCACAGUAGGUCCUACAGCAUUACACCAGCAAUGACCAAGAAAUGUGAAACAUUUCAGUUACUUCCUGGAUUUUAAAACUGGAAAACUUCCUUCUCAAAUUCUUUGUCAUUUUGAAGGACAGAGGUUGCAAAUGUUGCACUAUUUAUUAUAUCAUCUUAAGGCUAUCCCUCUUUUUAUUAACACCGUGGAUUUGCCUUUUGUUUCAGAAUGAUUAAUAUCUAUUUAUGUCCUAGAAGGAAUGUGAGUAUAGUCUGUCCAGACAGCGCUGACUUGAAGUAAUGAAAGAACUAACUUCCUUUCUGAACACUGCAGUGAGUUCAGGAUCGUAAUAUUUGAUAUAUACAAGGUACAUAACCUCAUUUUGAUGGGGUGCUAAUUCAAAGCAUUCCACUGUGUUUUCUGUCAGAAUGGGGUUUGAAAGUUGUUUACUGUUCGCACAACUGGAAGGGAGGAUGUAAUUAAUCAAGAAAUAAGUAAACAACUAUUUCAUGUAUCUUUUCUUAGUAAAACUGUUUACUAAACCGUUUACAGAAGUAACAACUGCACUGAGAAAUAAGAGCUUUCCACAGUAAGCUCAGUUCCUCUGAAUGUAUACAUCAUUUUAUUUUAUUUAUUUUUUAUUAUUAUUUUUAUUUUACUUUAUUCUUGUUUUAUUUCUCUCUUUUUUAGCUUUCCAUACAACUUGUCAAACUUUUUAUAAAUCUAUACUUCACAGAGGAAACAAUUUUUUUAUUCAGUGCUCUUUAUAAAUGAACAUACUGGAUUUUUGCAUAACAAAAUUAAACUAAAAUGUGGUGCUAAAUCCAAGAAAAUUCAUUAAACAUCAAUGCAACUGCAUUGUUUUAAUAUAUUACAUUGCAAACACUACUGUUUUUGCAUUUCUCUGCAUAACAAUAGUUUAUGUACGAUAAUGUCAUAUAAUGGAUGUGUUUUUGCAAUAUUUCAUGGAUAGUCCUACCUUAUGUAGAGCAGCCAAUUAAAUGGCUAUUGCACAUUAUACUCAUACAGAAGAUUUUUUUUUUCAGUAUGGGAUAAAAUUGUGUGCCAGAUGAAAUGUAUUGCAUGCAACCACAGUGUUUCUCAGCACUGCCCCUGGUGGCUCGCUGGCUCAUUACUUCAUUACUUGAUUUAAUGAUGUUAGUGAGUGUUUAAUGGUGUGUACUAGUGAGACACACCAUUAAACUAGUGUGCCGGUGGGCCGCCCCGGAGACACUUCUUUUACUGCCGCUGUCUUGUCUGCAGGAGUUCAGCAUGUGGCUCCAUUGAGAAUAAACUCUUGUCUGUACAAAGAGCUUUUUUCUCUGAUGUACAGUAACUUAGGGUGAGUGUAGAUUCUAUUUUCCCCAGACAUGUCCUGGCUAGGAUUUCUAAAUGGCCUAAAAUGGCUGGGUUUUGGCUUUGUUUUUGUACUUGCUGAAAGUAAUGACUGAAAAGUAGAUUGUGCGGGCAUUGUGCUUAAUUGAUCAAUUGUGGCAUUCAGGAAGGUGGGAUCUACAGAGAAUGGUCAAAGCAAUGCAAAUACAUAUACAUAUAAUAUAUGUGGACUGUAAAUAGCAUGUCAGCAAGAAAAAAAAAGCCAAAAUCUGGACAUUUUAGGCAAAGUAUCAAUCCUGGCCAGUACAUGUCUGGGGAAAAAGAUGUAUAGUCAUCUGUACAAAUGCAUAUUAUAGCAAUGCUCACUUGAAAUGAACAGAAAUAGGUUUCUUUUGGACUUUUUAAAAAGAUAGUUACUUUAACCAUGGUAGAUUAUAAACUUGUUGGUGUGUUUACAUGCGAACUGUGCGGUAAUGAAUAACAGCAUUUUUCAAUAGUUCAUAUAGUUCUUUAAAAUUUGCGGAGUGUUAUUUUUAAAUCUAAUUUACAGUUCAUAUUUGAAAUAUAUGUUCCUCAAAGAAAAUAGUUUUGCAUGAUGUUUGCAUGAAUUUUGUUUAAAAAUGUAUCUAAAUCAGACCAUAUUUAAUUUGUGUUUUGUAACACACUAAAAAUCUAUAAUGUAAUAUUGUAUUCAUUAUUUUUUUCUUUUGCAUGGUUUUGUGGUCAGAUAGAAUCAUUCUCUGUACAAUGUAUAGCCAUAAACUGAAAUCAUAUUUAUAAAGCUCUCCACAGAAUCAACAAUAUGGUCUGUAUGCAGAAUCAAGCCGGCCUUUAUGCAACUGUAAAUGCUAUUGGAACUGUACUGCAGCUGUAACUGUAAUACAGACUUGAAUUCUGCUUAAGGUCUGAUUUACGUUUUAGAAGAAAUAAAUGUUUGCAAUAAUCA